AUGUUUGGGAAUAGAGAAGCAGACCAGUCGUUUUCCAAGGACCUUUUUGGGAGCUCAUACCAGAACAAUUUUGACAUCUUCAAGAGCACUGAUAGUCAACAAUCCAGAUUUUCCUCUUUGAAAGCUAGAAAUUUGGACCCUUCAGACAGAUCUACAGAUGAUAUCAACAGCCCUGCUAACACCAGUGCGACUCAGACGUACUCUCCAAAUAGAAGAGUCCCUACACACAGUCAAUCUUUUGAUUUGAGCUUUGAUUCACCAAAUCCAUCAGUAGCUACCAUAAAUCAAAAAACAAAUGCUGCACAACAACAAACACAACCAUUGUGGUUCAACAACCCAAGAAGACGUAUGAUCCCAUCACAGGCUGUCAAAAGAGAAAGCUUUAGUGAUAUAGAUAAUGAGUCUACAUCUUUUUUGAACAAAUCCAAACCUAAUUCAACUUCGAACCCUGGAUUCAAAACAUUAACUUUUGGAACAAGAAGAACAAAUGCUCAAUUGGCCCAUAUAAAUGCAUUUUCAGAUGAAUUACCACCUUCUAGAACAAUUUCAGACUUAAAAAGAGAAGAUUUAUCAGAAGGCCAUCUUUCGUUCGCUAAUGACACGGCAAAUGGUAAUGCAAGUUUGAUCUCCAAUAAUGGAGUUAAGGAAGGAAACAAAAGUUUCUUACAAAGCAAUGGUGGUACUCCAUUGAAAUAUUCUUCCCAAAGCAUACUCCCUCCAUAUUUAACUAAACAAGGUGAGUCGUCAUCUAACCUCUCAACACCUUCAAAAUCAUUUGAUAGCCCUCAACCACCAAGCUCAAGCCCACUAAGACCAGAUACAGAAUCCGCUGUCCUGGUUUUCGGCUAUCCUGAGUCAAUUGCAAACUCUGUCAUUAAGCAUUUCGCCAAGUUUGGUAGAAUCUUGGAAGAUUUUGAAGUUACAAGAGUGGACCCAUUAUUCACAAAACAAAAAUCCAAGACUUAUCCAAUUUUCACUGGUGAAGGCUGGAUUAAAAUUACAUAUGACAACAAGGCAUCAGCAAUGCGCGCUUUAGAGGAAAGUGGUACUGUUUUUCACGGCACAAUGAUUGGGUGUGUUCCAUAUUCAAAGCAAGCUAUUGAAAAUAUAGCAUCCAUUUCAAUUUCAAAUAAUGAAAAUAUUGGAGAAAGUGAUCUUGUUCAACAGCAAGCAAACCCAAUGCAACCUGAUGGGCUUUCUCAUUAUACAAAUAAUUUCCAACAUAGAAUUCAAGCUAAAACUGAUGAACAAAUUUUUGUCAAACCAACCAAAGAAACAAAAGGUAUUUAUUCUAAAAGAACAGAGGCUAAGUCAAGCGAAGGUGAAGGUAAAAAUGUUUUGAACAAAGUUAGCAACUGGUUCUUUGGAUGGGAAGACCUAUGA